AUGGCCGACCACAACGCCUCCCAAGAGGGUGAAGUCAUCAAGUCGGAGAUGAAUGUCAACGUGGAGAGCGGAAAGCAGCAUUACUCUGAUGGCGAGGAUUUGGCGCAUAACCCCGAUGUGCCCGACUACAAUGCCCAGUAUGGUGUCAAGUCGGCUGAGGCCAUGACCCUGUCGUGGUCGAGGACCUCCCUGAUCGUGGUCUACAUGAGUAUGUGGCUAUUGUACUUCAGCAAUGCUUUCGAGGCAUCAUUGUCCACCAACCUGUCGCCUUAUGUGUCCAGCGCAUUCAACGACCAUUCGCUGGUGACGGUCAUCAACGUAGUGUCACAGGUCUUGACCGGUGUCACAUACAUGCCUGUUGCAAAGAUUUUGAACUUGUGGGAUCGUAGCGUCGGUUUCACCAUCAUGCUUACGAUUGCGGUAAUCGGCAUGAUUCUCAUGGCGUCGACAAACAGCUUCGAACUGUAUGCUGCAUCCAACUGUCUCUACUCCAUCGGAUUUACUGGUAUGACCUUCUGUGUCGAUGUGGUCACAGCUGAUACCUCCACGAUGCGGAACCGUGGCUUGGCCUUUGCCUUUACUUCUUCGCCCUACAUCAUCACAGCAUUCGGUGGCCCCAAGGCUGCUGAGACGAUCUAUGCCGACAACUGGCGCUGGGGCUUUGGUGCCUGGGCCAUUGUUCUUCCUGUGGUCGGUGCUCCCAUGAUUACCAUGAUGGUGUUGGGUAAGCGCAAGGCAGAGAAGAACGGACUCGCCCCUCGACAGGACAGUGGUCGGACAUGGUAUGCAAGCGUUUUGCAUUAUUUCAUCGAGUUUGACGACCAGUGGAACAGCCCUAGCAUCAUUGCUAUGAUUAUCAUUGGAUUUUUUUUGCUUGUCUGCUUCGGCUUUUGGGAGCGAUUUGGUGCCCGUGUGCCUUUCGUUCCUUGGUCGUUGCUGACGGAUCGGUCUGUCAUCGGUGCUUGCAUGCUGGACUUUGUCUACCAAAUUGCUUACUACUGCUGGUACAACUACUUCUCGUCCUACCUGCAAGUCGUUUACAACCAAUCGCUUGCUGGCGCGGGUUAUAUCGGCAGUAUCUAUGAUGUCGUCUCUGGCGUGGAGCUGCUGAUCGUCGGCGCCCUGAUCAGCUACACUGGCCACUAUAAAUGGGUACUUAUGUGGGGAGUUCCGAUGUACAUUCUUGGUGUGGGCCUGAUGAUCUAUUUCCGCCAGCCUGGUAAUGGCAUUGGCUACAUCAUCAUGUGUCAGAUCUUUAUUGCCUUGGGUGGUGGCGUCAUCACUAUCGGUGAACAGGUUGCCCUAAUGGCGUCCGCCGAGCACAACGAUGUUGCUGCUCUCCUGGCGCUGCUUGGAUUGUUUGGCUACAUUGGUGGUGCAAUUGGAGGCACAGUCUCGGGUGGUAUAUGGACAAAUGUCCUACCUGGUCAACUCCGACAGAGGCUCCCUGCAAGCAAAGCUGAUCAGUGGGAAGACAUCCUGAACAGCCUCGAUGUGCAGUUGAGCUACCCUGUCGGGGACCCGACUCGAACCGCCAUUUCCGAUGCCUAUGCUGCUACGAAUAAGUAUAUGCUUAUCGCUGGCGUUUGCAUCAUGUCUUUGGGCCUAGUGUGCAUGGCAAUCAUUAAGGAUCGCAAUGUCAAGCACAUUGUGCAGACCAAGGGUCUGCUUUUCUAA